AUGCGAGACAGGCGGGCAGUGGCAGCUAGCUCUGGCGCUGCUCAGCGAGAUAUGGGAGGCGAAGCUGCAGCCCAACCGCAUCAGCUGCAACGCUGGGAUCAGCGCGUGCAAGCAGGCUGGGCAGUGGGGGCAGGCGAUCUCGCUGCUCGGCGAGAUUCGGGAGAAGAUGCUGGAGCCCGACUCAUCAGCUGCAGCACUGGGAUCAGCGCGUGCGAAAAAGGCGGGCAGUGGCAGUGGGCGCGGGCGCUGCUCAGCGACACCUGGCAGGCGAAGCUGGAGCCCACUGUCAUCGACUACAACGUUGGGAUUAGCGCGUGCAUGGAAGCGAGCCAGUGGGAGCAGGCGAUGUCGCUGCUUGAUGAGAUUCGGGAUCAGAAGUUGGAGCCCACCCUAGUCAGCUACAGCUAUGGGAUCAGCGCGUGUGAGAAAGGCGGGCAGUGGCAGCGUGCUUUGGCGUUGUUCAGCGAGAUGCAGGGGCAAGGAGCAUUGGCGUUGUUCAGCUGCGGUGCUUGGAUCAGCGCCUGCGAGAAGGGCGGGCGCUGGGAGCAGGCGAUGUCGCUGCUUAGCGGCAUGUGGGUCUCGAAGCUGGAGCCCGACGACUUUCACAGUUGGGAUCAGCGCGUGCGAGAGAGGCAGGCAGUGGCGUUGCGCUUUGGCGUUGCUCGGAAAUCUGCGGAAUUCGAGGACGGACCCCAGCGUCAUCAGCUACAGCGCUGGGAUCAGCGCGUGCGAGAAAUGCGGGCAAUGGCAGGCAGCUUUGGUGCUGUUCAGCGAGAUGUGUGA